AUGCUAUCUAAUGAUGCUUUAGAAGAGGAUAAAGUUGUGGAAGAUGAUCUCGGUAACCAAUUACUGAUUAAUGAAGAUGAGAUUCGAGGCAGUAAUGCAUCAGUAAAAGGCAGUGGAGAAUCUCUCAAAGAAUCUGACUUAUAUACAAAGCUCUCUAGUAAGAAUCCUGAUAUCUUUUUGGAAAGUGAUAAUUUAGUAGUACUAAAUAAUCUAGGUGAAGAAAAUGAUAUGCAAAGUAACAUGAGAAAGAGAAAUGCUAUCCCUCAAUUAGAAAGUGAUGUAUUGAAGGAUUUUAUUGUUGAGGAUGGAAGCUCUGAUUAUGAAUUAGAUGAAGAUGAUAUUAUUCAUGUUGAAGGAGGGAUAAGGUCAUCAGAUGAAGAAGAUGAUAAUAGUAGUAUAGCUAAUAAAUCCAAAUUUAAUCCUACAACCAAACGUAAUUCACAUAAAUACAAUCAUAUCUCUGAAUCAGAUGCUAGAGAAAGAAUUAGGAAUUUCCUUGAGAGUAUGAAUACUGCUGCUAUUAAAGACGAGGAGGCUUAUGCUAAAGGGAGGGUAGCUGCUCAUAAACUAAGGAUGAUUGAUGACGUUUGCAAACAAAUAGCAAUGCCAAAGUGGUCCCGAUGGUUUAUUAAUGAAGGAAUAUUUGACGUACUUGAUAGAUGGUUAUCUACACUCCCAGAUGGAACAUUGCCGAAUUUAGCACUUAGGAGCAAAAUUUUAAAUUUGCUUAACAACCUUCCCAUUAAAGAGGAUGAUCUUAUUGGAACAACAAUAGGCCAUAGAUUAUGUGAAUUAUGGCAAAAUCCUAGUGAAACACAAGAAAAUAGACAGAUUAUUCGUUCAUUGGUACAACGGUGGCUUAAAACCUUAGUGAAAAAUAAUUCACCUGUAGAUACACCAGUUCCGCCCACAGUCUCAGCUAGCAUGAACAAAUCUAUAUCUGCUGUAGGCCAUUCUCAUAAUAGUGAAAGUAAGGGUACAAGUAAAUUAUUUGAAAAUCCUAGAACUGCAAGAAUCCCACAAACAUUUGGUUACAAUUUUAAAAUAGUACCUCAGAAUGAUAGCUCAAAUAAUUCUAUAGAAGACAAAGUUGUAGAUAGUACUAUAGCAAAUUUGCAGAUACACAGAAAUAAAGGGAAAAAAGUUGCAAAACAUGCAAUGAAGGUUAGCUUAGAAGGUAGGGGCAUGUAG